UUUGCCUUGUCAAGUUUCCCAGAUUCGGUAACACUGCACUAAAUAAUUUUAAUAAAUUAUUUGUAUGAAGUACGCGCCAAUUGGAUGCGUUUUUGUCCUAUCUGUCGAAGAUUUCACGCAUCCCGAACAAUUGCCAGUGACUGCACGCCGUAUUAUAGCCAGGGAACAGCUGUGCGUUUGCCAUUGGCCAACAGUUGUUGUCCACUUCGCAAUUACCAAGCCAUCCAAAAUCGGCUGUUUAACGCGCGCUUGAUUGGAUAUUUAUGAACAAUUCAGUGCACCAGGAUGUCGCAGGACAGGAUCGCCGGCAUCGAUGUGGCAACCAAUUCCACUGAUAUAUCGAAUAUCAUUAACGAGAUGAUCAUCUGCAUCAAGGGCAAGCAGAUGCCCGAAGUUCACGAAAAAGCAAUGGAUCAUUUAAGCAAAAUGAUUGCCGCCAAUAGUCGGGUCAUUCGGGACUCAAAUAUGUUGACUGAGCGCGAAUGUGUCCAGAAGAUAAUGAAACUGCUGAGCGCCCGGAAUAAGAAGGAGGAGGGCAAAACUGUGUCGGAUCACUUCAAUGAGCUGUACAGGAAACUCACGUUGACCAAGUGCGAUCCGCACAUGAGGCACUCGCUAAUGACCCAUCUACUUACGAUGACCGACAAUUCGGAUGCCGAAAAGGCAGUUGCCAGCGAAGAUCCACGUACUCAGUGCGAUAAUCUCACUCAGAUUCUGGUCAGUCGUCUUAACUCAAUAAGUUCCUCCAUAGCCAGUCUGAAUGAGAUGGGAGUGGUCAACGGAAAUGGAGUAGGAGCAGCAGCGGUAACAGGAGCAGCAGCGGUAACAGGAGCAGCAGCGGUAACAGGAGCAGCAGCGGUAACAGGAGCAGCAGCAAGCCACAGUUAUGAUGCCACACAGUCCAGCAUCGGAUUGAGAAAACAGUCCUUGCCCAACUACCUGGAUGCAACAAAGAUGUUGCCCGAGUCUCGACAUGAUAUAGUGAUGAGUGCCAUUUACUCCUUCACCGGCGUUCAAGGGAAGUAUUUGAAGAAGGAUGUGGUAACGGGCCGUUUCAAGCUGGAUCAGCAGAACAUCAAGUUCCUGACCACCGGCCAAGCGGGCAUGUUGCUGCGGCUCUCCGAACUUGGCUACUACCACGAUCGAGUGGUCAAGUUUUCGGAUGUAUCGACCGGUUUCAAUGCCAUUGGCAGCAUGGGCCAGGCCCUGAUUUCCAAACUCAAGGAGGAGCUGGCGAAUUUUCACGGGCAAGUGGCAAUGCUUCACGAUGAAAUGCAGCGUUUUCGGCAGGCCUCGGUGAAUGGAAUUGCAAACAAGGGGAAAAAGGAUAGUGGGCCCGAUGCUGGCGAUGAAAUGACGCUAUUCAAGCUGCUCGCCUGGUAUAUAAAGCCACUGCACCGGAUGCAGUGGUUAACCAAGAUUGCCGACGCCUGCCAGGUAAAGAAGGGCGGUGAUUUGGCAUCGACCGUUUAUGAUUUCCUUGACAACGGUAACGAUAUGGUCAAUAAAUUGGUGGAGGAUCUCCUAACUGCCAUUUGUGGCCCACUGGUGCGCAUGAUCUCCAAAUGGAUUCUGGAGGGCGGCAUUAGCGAUAUGCAUAGAGAGUUCUUUGUGAAGUCCAUUAAAGAUGUGGGCGUUGAUCGGCUAUGGCACGAUAAAUUCCGCCUACGAUUGCCAAUGCUGCCCAAGUUUGUGCCCAUGGAUAUGGCCAAUAAGAUACUCAUGACGGGCAAAUCCAUUAAUUUUCUAAGAGAAAUCUGCGAGGAGCAGGGUAUGAUGAAGGAGCGCGACGAACUAAUGAAGGUCAUGGAAUCUAGUGCCUCUCAAAUCUUUUCGUACACACCGGACACCAGUUGGCAUGCGGCCGUGGAAACGUGCUACCAGCAGACCUCCAAACAUGUCCUCGACAUUAUGGUGGGCCCACACAAGCUGCUGGAUCAUUUGCACGGAAUGCGGCGCUACUUGCUGUUGGGCCAGGGCGAUUUUAUUAGCAUUCUGAUUGAAAACAUGAAGAACGAACUGGAGCGACCGGGCCUUGAUAUAUAUGCUAACGAUCUCACCUCCAUGUUGGAUUCCGCUCUGCGCUGUACGAAUGCCCAGUACGAUGAUCCUGAUAUUCUAAACCAUCUCGAUGUGAUUGUUCAACGACCGUUCAACGGUGAUAUUGGCUGGAACAUCAUCUCGCUGCAGUACAUUGUCCACGGACCACUGGCCGCCAUGCUGGAGUCGACCAUGCCAACGUACAAGGUGCUCUUCAAGCCACUCUGGCGCAUGAAGCACAUGGAGUUUGUGCUCUCGAUGAAGAUCUGGAAGGAGCAGAUGGGCAACGCAAAGGCCCUUCGUACAAUGAAGUCCGAAAUCGGCAAGGCGUCACACCGCCUCAACCUUUUCACUUCCGAGAUCAUGCACUUUAUCCACCAAAUGCAGUACUAUGUGCUAUUUGAGGUCAUCGAGUGCAACUGGGUGGAGCUACAGAAGAAGAUGCAGAAGGCUACUACGUUGGACGAAAUCCUGGAAGCUCACGAGAAGUUUCUGCAAACGAUUUUGGUGGGCUGUUUUGUCAGCAACAAAGCGAGUGUGGAGCAUUCGCUGGAGGUGGUGUACGAGAACAUUAUCGAAUUGGAGAAGUGGCAGUCGAGCUUUUACAAGGACUGCUUUAAGGAGCUAAAUGCCCGCAAGGAACUGUCCAAAAUUGUGGAGAAAUCGGAAAAGAAGGGUGUCUACGGACUGACCAACAAGAUGAUCCUGCAGCGCGACCAGGAGGCGAAGAUAUUUGCCGAAAAGAUGGACAUCGCCUGCCGCGGCUUAGAAGUCAUAGCAACCGAUUACGAAAAGGCUGUCAGCACUUUCCUAAUGUCUCUCAACUCUAGCGACGAUCCGAAUUUGCAGCUCUUUGGCACUCGGCUGGACUUCAACGAGUACUACAAGAAGAGGGACACCAAUUUGAGCAAACCCCUGACCUUCGAGCACAUGCGCAUGAGCAAUGUGUUCGCCGUGAACAGUCGCUUCGUGAUAUGUACGCCGUCCACUCAGGAAUAGCGACCAAUGUCCAUGCAAUCGGUUUAUCCCAGUGUCCAUACAUCAUACCAAAUCCCAAAUCCCAUACAGCAUCAGCACUCCAUUCAGUUCAAUUGCUGCUAAAUAUUUGAGAUAUCUCGAUAUCAUUGGAGCCAAUCCAACCAAACAAACUAAUCCAAUUAUUAACUAAGCCUUCGAAUCGAAAACAACCUCUAUACAUAUAUAUCUCAAGCUUUGCCGUCAAUCGCCUGGCUGCAAGCCAUCAACUUAAGAUAUCUCCAAUACAAAAUUAUUGAGUAGUUGUAACGAAAGUAUUAAGCGACAAUUUGUUUGUCGAAAAACGCAACGUUCUAUUUUGUUUGCGAAUCCCAUAAUUUUUUUUACAUCGAAGCUUAGUUGAAAUAGAUUUUCGUAAGUGCAUUUGCCAAUUGCCAUGUUGUAAUUAAAGAGAAUAAGAGAAUGUUACGUACUUUAAAAGAAUGUUUUAAAAAAGUUAAUGUUUUGAACAGUUUUAAACCGUAAUGCGAGCUCGAAAUAAACGCAACUUGCAUUG